UGAUUGUUGAAUACAUAAAUUUUGAAAAUUACUGUUUAUAAAUCAUGGAAUUAUUUACUAUCAUUCUGAUGGUAAUCGUAACUGUGUUUAUUGCCAUACGUAUUCUUUCAAUCGAGAAAUGCACUGUUUGUAAGAAACACGAAAAAAAUCGAGUAAAUGAUCAAAAUGAUGGAGCAAAGAACAGGAAAGAGAAGCAAAACCUAGAAGUGAAGUUUAUGGGAAGUAUAAAUGAGACUGAUUCAGAGACAAUGGAUGAUAAAGAGAAUAGUAGUGGAACUGAAUACGAAGAGGAAGAGAGAGAAAGUGAAGAGGAGGUUGAAGAUGAUUGUGGAGAAGACGCUGAAGAGGUGUUUGUGGAAAACGAGCGACAAGAUAGAGAACUGGAGGAGACAAUGGAUGAUGAAGAGAAUAGUAGUGGAACUGAAUACGAAGAGGAAGAGAGAGAAAGUGAAGAGGAGGUUGAAGAUGAUUGUGGAGAAGACGCUGAAGAGGUGUUUGUGGAAAACGAGCGACAAGAUAGAGAACUGGAGGAGACAAUGGAAGAUGAAGAGAGUAGUAGUAGAACUGAAUACGAAGAGGAAGAGAGAAAAAGUGAAGAGAGCGUUGAAGAUGAUUGUGGAGAAGACGCUGAGGAGGUGUUUGUGGAACACGAGCGACAAGAGAGAGAACUGGAGGAGCUGGAAGUGUUGAGGGUCCGCCACAAGAACGCUGGGAGGAGUUCGGUGGAGCGAAAGCGUGGAGGGUUGGAGGGGUUGGAGAAGGAGUGGUGUGAUAUUAAAGUGACCUCAAGUUCUCCGCACUAUCAACAUUAGUGUUAUGCACCAUUUGUAUUACCACAUAAUCGAAUUUUUAAAAAAAUUUUAUUAGUAUUGAUUAAUUAAAUUUUAUUUUUCAGUUGUGAUUU